UUACUAUUCUAUCAAUAGGUAUAGCUUUUUCCAUCUGUAAUUGCAUUACAGCUUAAGAGCUCUAUUUUUAAUAUUUAAUACCACCACAGCCUUAACUUUUUUUUAUUAAUAAAGCAAAAAUGACAACAAACUUUAACAGAAACAGUGCAGAUAAAUUAACAACGUGUGGUUCCUAUACAAUUCAGUCAGAUAUGGCGUGACAGGCCAGUCCCAGACAGUCUACAUUUGCGGCGUCAGUUGUGACGGAAUGGCCGAACUGGCCUGAAAAGUAAAACGCCUUUCCAGUUAUCGGUCUGCCUGGCUUACUGGCUUCCGUUAGUGUCUACACUAUGCCAGCGCUGACUUCACGCGUGACUGGAUUACUGAGCUGACCUUGUGUAAACAACACAAUAUUUGUUUGUUUAUCACUUUAUUUUAAGGUUAUUUUAUCGAUGUUUUGACAUUUUGCGGUUUGUACUUUCUAAUUACUUUAGGUAUAGUUUAGAGUAGAAAAAUGUUAGCUAGCAUUAUAUUAAUAUGUAUUUUACAGUUUAAAAUAAUAGAGAAUAAAGAGAGUAAUUGUGGUUGUAGUAUAGACCGAGCGCAAAAAGACAACUAUGACAGAAAGUUAUUUUAUAACUUACUACAAAGUGAAGAAGGUGAAUGUUCAACUGUUACCAAAGUUGAAGACAGUGAAAUCUACGAAGUAACGAAUGAUAUGGUUUUAAUAUCUGGCAGAGAGUAUUACAUCGGUACAGACGAUAUUAUAAUUAAAAAUGAUAUUGAAGGUCCGGAAAAAAUCGUCAAGUUGGAUUCAUUUUACGUAGACAAAUAUGAAGUAUCAAACAGGGAUUUUAGUCAUUUUACAAAGUUAACAAAUUACAAGACUGAAGCUGAAACUUUUGGAGAUAGUUUUGUAUUUGCAUUGUUCCUAAAUAAUACAUUUAGAGAUAAAAUGAAAGACUUUCGAGUUUUACAAGCUCCAUGGUGGUAUAAAAUAAUGGGUACGGAUUGGACACAUCCCUAUGGACCUGAUUCUGAUAUCUUAGAUGUAAUGGACCAUCCAGUUAUACAUGUGUCAUGGAAUGAUGCUCGUGCAUAUUGCAAGUGGAGGGGAGCUCGGCUGCCCACCGAGGCAGAGUGGGAGGUAGCCUGCAGAGGGGGACAACGAGCUACAAAGUACCCCUGGGGUGAUAAACUAUUUCCCGAAAAGAAACAUAUGGCAAACAUAUGGCAAGGUACUUUUCCCCAUCAUAACUCUGAAAAGGAUGGAUAUAUAGGAACCAAUCCUGUACACCUGUUUCCACAAAAUAAUUUUGGACUCCACAACAUGGCUGGAAAUGUAUGGGAGUGGACUGAAGAUUCAUGGUCCAGUGACAACCCUAAGGAAAAAGUAAAGAAAGGUGGUUCAUACUUAUGCCACCGUUCCUAUUGUUACCGCUACAGAUGUUCAGCACGGUCGCACAACACAGAUGACAGUUCUGCAGGAAACUUAGGCUUCCGUUGUGCAAAGUCUGCUUAAUUAUUUAAAUUCUUUUUCAAUGUACUUAAAAUUCCUAACCAACACCUCGCAAGGCGAUAGUUAUAAGCGUUACUUCCUUUUUAUGCAGCUAUAAAGGCUUUGCAGCUUCGUUAAGUGUUUUUGUAAAUGUAUUCAUGUGAGAGUCAGUCUUCCAAAUUUAUAAAAAUAUAUUAUUCUAAUGGGCAAGAUUGUUUUUCUUUCCAUAUUAAUCAGAUAUGAUCUAAAAUAAUGUAGCUUAGCUUAGCUAGCUAGAUUUAAAUUGUAUCCCACAAAAAUACCACCGAGUUAUGUUGUUAAAAAGUUUGAUUUCUGUAUUGGUAUUAUGUGUGUUGAAAUGUUUAUAAUUUUACAUAGGGGACAUUAGAGAUCAAGGGUUAAUGUUAGAUAUAAGUAACUCAUAUCUUUAUAAAUUAACAGCCUUGGAUUAGGCAAUGUUC